AUGGAGCAGCCAUUCUCCGCUUCGGUGGCCGCCAUAUUGUUGUUUGCUGCGGCAUUCAUCUACACAGUAGGAGGGCUGAUAUACCGGUUGUACUUCAGCCCUAUAGCACAUUUUCCAGGUCCCAAGAUCGCUGCUGCUACACAUUUGUACGGGUUCUACUACGAUGCGAUCCGAGGAGGACAGUAUGUGUGGAAGGUGGCACAGAUGCAUCAGAAAUAUGGACCAGUGGUGCGGAUCAACCCCAAUGAGAUUCACAUCUCAGACCCAGAUUAUUAUGCUGUGCUCUACGCGAGUGCCAAGAGCGUCGCGAUAAACGUCUACCGACUUGAACCUGUGAUUCAGGACAAGAUCGAUGAGAUGUUGGAACAUGUUGUCAUGGAGUAUGCUUUCGCCAGGAGCGACCGGCGCUUGGCGCAGCCCGAUUUCGAUCCUGUUUUCCUAAAUGCCCUUACCUCGGCCAGUGACAUCAGCCACUGGGUGCUGCAUUUGAACUGGAUUCUCGGACUGUUCCAAUCGAUUCCAGUUUGGUUGGCUCGAUUGUUCAAUCCAGGGUUUGUAUCCCAUCGAACUCACACCACCUGGCUCAGAGUGAAAGACCAGAUCCGUGACAUCCAAAACGGCACGAACCGAUCGAACGAGAAGAGCUCGCACCGCACCAUCUUCCACGAUGUGCUUGACUCAGGCAUGCCCGCAUCUGAAAAGAAGCUCGAGCGCAUGUGGCAAGAGGGCAUGGUAGUAGUGGGAGCCGGCACCGACACAACAGCUUGGACCCUCGUUGUCGUGCUCGUCCACAUCAUCAUCAACGCCGAUAUCCGCCAGCGGCUCGAAGAUGAGGUGCGGACCGCCAUAGCUACCAAGGGCCAGCUCAAGCUCAGCGACCUGGAGCAGCUCCCCUACCUCUCUGCAUGUAUCAAGGAGGCGCUACGGCUCUCGUAUGGCCUAUCCGCACGGCUACCCCGCGUAGCUCCUACUCAAGUACUCGAAGUACCCGGGACGACCGGGCUGGCGAUUCCGCCCGGAACGAAAGUGUCGAUGAAUUCGGUUCUGAUGCACCGCCACCCGCAACUAUUCCCACAACCAGAUGAGUUCCGCCCCGAGCGGUGGCUCGACAACCCUCGGUUAGAUCGCUAUCUGGUCCCUUUCUCCAAAGGCGCUCGCCAAUGUCUGGGCAUCAACCUUGCCUAUGCAGAAGUGUACAUGGCGCUGGGUGCCAUAGUCGGUCGCUUUUCUGUCACGGAUGGGGGUCCUCGGCUGCAGCUCGUAGACAAUGAAGCCAGUCUGAGGAGUAUUGAGAUUGCUGGCGACAUGUUCCUCCCGUCUACCAAGUCUGGGAACAAACAUAUCGAGGCUGUAUUUAGGUAG